AUGGCGCGCUUCGACGAUGCUGACUUUGGUGUCGAUGCCGGCCCUGCCCCUCAUGAGACUCGUCCUUCCGACGCGCAACCCGCGUCCUCUCUCGAGACCGGUGGACGCCAUUCCCUCCAACAUGCUAUCCCUGGCCCCCAGGGCAACAGCAUUGAGAUCCCUGCCACCCGCAGCUCAAUUAGCCAGACUUCGGCCUUCAUGAACAAGCUAAGCUUGUCGCCCUCCAUGAAGGACCGCCGAGCUUCUCGUAACUCCUUCGGCACAUCUUUGCCCAUCCCGCGGUCUCCACGGAUGUCGCGUCUGUCUAGCGUCCACCGACCUAGCGGAUUGCGUAAGUCCAUGGCCCAGGACCUGCUUGUCUCUCAGAUCCAGGAUAUGCACAAGGACAAGGUUGAGGCUGUCAAGAACAUGGCUUUCGUUUUCGACAUUGAUGGUGUGCUGGCACACGGAAGCAUCGCUAUCGAGCAAGCCAAGCGUGUUUUCAAAAUCCUCAACGGCGACAACGAGCUUGGCAUCACAUUCCCAUACAUCCUUCUGACCAACGGUGGUGGUAAGACCGAGGAGGCCCGCACCGAACAAUUGUCUCAGAUCCUCGAACACAAGGUCGAUCUGGACCAAUUCAUCCAGUCUCACACUCCCAUGCAAGCUCUUUCUGAGUACUACGACAACGUUCUGGUUUGUGGUGGUGAGGGUACUAAGAUCCGUGAAGUCGCCAAGAAGUACGGCUUCAAGAAUGUCAUCCACCCUAAGGAUCUCAUCGCCUGGGACCCCACGAUCUCCCCCCAGGGCCGCUUCACCGAGGAAGACAAGGCCAACGCGGAACCCCGUGACUUCCGCAACUUCAAGUUCGAUGCUAUUCUGUGCUUCGCCGAGUCCCACGACAUGAUGACCGAAUUCCAGGGUGACUUGCUGUGCCCCACUGAGCACAAGGGUCUUCCCCGUUACCACCUUGGUGCGUUCCGCCUGGCUGUUGAGGCUAUGUUCAAGGCUAUGACCGGUCUGGACCUCGAGCGUGUGCUGUACGGUAAGCCCGAGCGCGCUACCUACGUGUACGCCGAUGAGGUUCUGAGUGCGUGGAUGGAGGAGAUCCACGGCGAGAACAAGCUGCCCAAGAACAUCUACAUGAUUGGUGACAACCCCCAGUCUGACAUCAUCGGUGGUAACAUGUACGGGUGGAACACCUGCCUUGUUCGCACCGGUGUGUUCCAGGGUGAAGAGGGCGAGAAUGACCCCAACAACCCUGCCAACUUCGGUGUCUUCGACCAUGUCCUGGAUGCGGUCACCGCUGCCAUCCGCAAGGAAGUGGGCGAAGAUUUCAAGUUCCAUUGGGACCCCAAGCUCAACCCUGUUACCCAUGCCGACCCCACCUCGGCUAUUGAGUAA